CAGACUGACCCAGCUAAACCAACUCCAUCACCUCCAUCUCAGACUGCCCCACCUAAACCAACUCCAUCACCUCCAUCUCAGACUGCCCCACCUAAACCAAGUCCAUCACCUCCAUCUCAGACUGCCCCACCUAAACCAAGUCCAUCACCUCCAUCUCAGACUGCCCCACCUAAACCAACUCCAUCACCUCCAUCUCAGACUGACCCAGCUAAACCAACUCCAUCACCUCCAUCUCAGACUGCCCCACCUAAACCAACUCCAUCACCUCCAUCUCAGACUGCCCCACCUAAACCAAGUCCAUCACCUCCAUCUCAGACUGCCCCACCUAAACCAACUCCAUCACCUCCAUCUCAGACUGCCCCACCUAAACCAAGUCCUUCAUCGCAGCUGGAACUACUUUUUGUCAAAGAAGCACCGAGAGACGUUUUGUCGUCUGAGGUCCAGAGAAUCAGGCUGAAUAAACCAAAAGUGUAAAUAGAAAUUAGAAGGAAACUAAAUUGAACUAAAUGAAGUCUCCUACAUGUCCCAGGAUGCAUUGCCCUCAACUUCCCUCCUCUGCUUUUCUAAUAGUAGUGCUAUUAGUAGUAGUAAUAAUAGUGGCAUUAGUAGUAUUAAUAUGUCAUAGAUAUAUGUUUUCAAUACAAGCAAGAGAAGACAGAAGUCCUCUUUUUGAGCUGGAGGCCAGUUCAGAACCUCCAAAGGAGUUCAGGAUGAUCCAGAUGUUGACGCUCCUUCAGAUCGGAUCUCUACUCUGAGUCCCUCUCUCCAUCUCUAAGGCCCAGUGAGGACGGAAGAUCAUUUUUAAAAUCCUACUGCAUUCCUCACAAACUCUAGUGCUCAGCAACACACACACACGGUCAGUGUGCAGCUGGACCUGCAGAUCCAGUUCAGACCAGGAUGUUCAGGUACACUCCUCCCUGGCAGGUUCUCUGUUACAGCCUGGACCACGACAACAAGAGACUCACGUCAGUCGACCGCCAGAAUGUUCUCACUCCUCACCGCCUCCAAUUACUGAGCGCCGUUCAGCGUCUUCCUCCCCCUGAACUCCCGUCCCGCGCCGGCCCCACAGCGCCCCCGGCAACCAUGGACAGCAUCCCGAGGAACUGGGUGCUGAAGCCUCUGUCCCCCCUGUUGCAACCCUCGGACCUGCGCACCAUGGCCGGCCCGCCACCGAGUGCGUCCCCGGACCCCGACGGCCGAGCCUUCAGCUACGACAGCAUCUCCGUCGCUCGCAGUUACUCCUCGGUGGCCGUCUCCUCCGAGCAGGACGACGGGUGCAGGAACGUGGUCCAGGCUCGGCAGGUCGUCGUGUCACAGGACGGAGGACACUCGAGCGACGAGUGGCACGCGGGCAGCCCCGGCGACCCCAGCAGUCCCGCCAGCAGCUUGGCCUCUCCCUGCGGUUUCUACUCCUUCGUGGAGGACCCGGCGAGUCCCGAGGCGGAGAUGAACGAGGCCUGGAUGGUCUCCCCGCAGCGGCAGACGCAGCUGGCCAUCCUGAAGCAGGAGAGCGGGUUCAGGCUGCAGACGUACGCCAGCAGGAAGCCGGAGAGCCUCUUUGCAGAGAGUGAAGAGGACUCACUUUAUAAAAUGGAUCUGGGGAACGGAAACAAAGUCAUCCAGGAGGAAGAGGAGAAACGGCUUCGGAAGGAGAUCAUUCGCGGCCAAGCGCCGAAGAGCAACCCGACAUUCAAGGGUCAGCUGAGUGCACUGGAUGAUCUGGAUCUGAGAAGCUCCACGAGCAGACUGAUCGAAGGUUUUAGCAUGAGUUACACGUCUCUCGGCUCCAGAGCAGAACCUCUCCGCCCUUCUGAGCCCGGGACCGUCGACGUGGAGCAGAUCAGCUUCAGCGCUGCCCGACAACAGUUCUUGAAGAUGGAGCAGCAGCAGCAGCAGCUGACUGCCCCGUCCAGCCCUCUGAGGUCCUCGAGAACACAUCUGAACGCGUCUCUCCAGCCGGACCCUGAUAUGUCCUCGUCAGAGCAGGUGGACACUCACCACAGGCUGCAGGUGAACGAAGACACAACAACUUUUAUGCUAACUGAAGACGACGAGACCUACCCGGAAAAGAAGGUGGCGGUGUGGCGGAACGAGGAGGGUCUAAGCCGGCAGAGCAGUGUGUUCGACGACCUGGACUCCGGCCUGGAGGAGCUGACUGUGGAGGUGGCCGGCUACACUAGCGAUGAAGGGUUGUUUGACGACCGCAAUCAGCAAGAGAACAUGAGAUCCAAGUCCACCAGCGACUACGAGACCCCAAUUGAAAGGGAGAUCCGAUUGGCUCAGGACCGCGAGGAGAACCUGCGGCGCUCUCGAGGGCUCUCGCUCAGCGACAGGAGAGCCGAGAUGGUCGAGAUCAAAACCAAACGUUUACAGUCGCCGCAUCCGCCUGUCAGAGCUAAAGAAAAGACCAGAGUGUCCUUCGUCGUGCAGCAUGAGAUCCAGAAGGACAACCAGUGGAAAGAGGAGCCUCAGCAGCAAGAACGGAUCCUGGGACGAUACAGUCAGGAUUCUCCACAAGAGCUGGAGUUUGACCAACAAGACGGGGACAAGGAGACCGAAGAAAGACCUCACUCUGCAUCCGGGGAUGAGGAAGUCUUCCCCUCACCAUGCUGUCCUCAUCGACACCCCGAACACCCAGAAGAAGCCGAGUUGUACAUCAGUGGAAAGAGUUUAGCUCCUUCAGGUCAAGGCUCACAGGUCCAGGAUAGGAGAGGUCUCUACCAAGAUCGAACGACUGCUUCAUCUUUCCACUUCUCCUCCUCUGCCUCAUCCCCGACACGUUUGUCCUGGAAGGAGAACCUGGAGUCCAACGGUCUGCAGUCCAGAGGAAAAGGAGCUCCGGAUUUCAUCGAGAAGGAGAUUGAGGAGGCACUGAGACGGGAACAGGAGCUGAGGGAGUCCAGGGAGUCCAGGGAGGAAACUGAUGGACGCGUCUUCUCACCAGCUCCUCUGCUGGAACAGGCAAACAAAGUGGCCAUUAGUCAGUUCUACCCACCUAUGAAAACAGAUCAACCCGUCAGUGUGUCGUCUCCGUCUGCUCGUCCCUCCGUCCGUCUACCCUCCAUCUCCUACAUCACGGCCCAGCCCUGGUCCUCCUCACUUCCUCCCUCGUCCAAAUCUCACCAGAGUUCCACAUCCCUCCCCAUCCGCCCCUCCUCCCCUCCCCCGGCGGCGGUCUUGUCGCCCCCACCUACACCCAGAGGUCUGGCGGAGACUCUGCUGGAGGACUUCAAGGAGAGACGAGUAAAAGGGAAGCUGGAAGAAAGCGUGUAUGCAGGAAUUCAGCCGGUAGAUGACGUCAAUAACGAGGUUGUCGAGUCGACUCGAGUCAUUCGACAUAAAAACCAACGCGCUCUGCGCUGGGAGGCCGGAGUGUUCUCCAACCAGCAGGACCAGUGAGACCACCAGGACCUGCAGGAAAACACGCCGACUGGGUUUGUCUCUUCACUAACAGGACUUUACUCAGAUUUCCUCCGUCAUCUUGAACUAAAAUGGUUUUAAACUGGAAGGCUCUAAAGAAGCGGAUGCUCCUGAUUGGUCCCCUCUCCUCGUCCAAUCAGCUGCGAGCUGCCGAGUAGAGCCUCAGACAGUGGAUGUGUCUGAUUGAUGAGAAAUGAAGAGUUAACAUGAGUAGCAGCAGUGUGGUUGAUCCCCUUUUGCAGCAAGAAAGUUUCUAAAAAAAACAAUAAGAAUAACAAAUAUUUUUCAAAAUUAUGCCAAAAUAAGAGAUUGAGCAAGUAUAAAUUGUUACCACUAAUAAAUUAAAGUUCACCGUAAAGAACGACAGAAUCGUUCAAAAUUGUAUUUGUGAAAUUAAAAUCAGGAAACCUUGUUUUCAAAUUUUAUUAUAUUAUAUAUUAUUAUAUAAUAUAUAUAUAUAUAUAUAUAUGUAAAAUAAACGGUUGGAUUCCAAAGUGAGGCUCCAGGAAACCAAUAGAGGCAGUGAAGAAGAAGAAGUGUUUUUAUUUACCACGGACGUGAGCAAUGCAGAAUUUAAACUAUUCAAGAAUCAUACAAACAGAAAUUCUGUUGUUUAACUCAAAAAAAUACUAAAGUAUAAAGACAUCUUUUUUCAAACAAAGAAUGUUGUGACAGAAAAAUAUGCAAUUUUUACAAUACAAUCAAUAAAAGACAACAACAAGAGA